AUGAAUGGAACCAAAUUUGACGCGGUGCUUAGUCUGAUCAGCGACGAGCUCUGCCAACUAAUUCUAACAAUAAACUUUGCCUCCAUCAGUCCCGUCCUGUCAUUGAUUGGUCUCGGUGGACACAUCAUCAACAUCACCGUCUUCGUGACGCAAGGUUUCCACGACACGGUAAACAUUAGCCUUGUGGCUCUGGCCGUAAGUGAAAUGGGGAUGCAACUCAACAGUCUCACGGUCGCUAUCCUUAACAAUCCCAUCCUACUCAGUUCAGAUAUUUUGAUUGAGCCACAAGAGUUCGAAACCUCAGUGGCUGGGUUUCCAAUAGCCUCCUUCAGCAAGACAACUAGCUGGAUCACGGCGUACAUCACAUUCGAAAGAUGUCUGUGCGUUGUGGCCCCAUUGAGAGUCAAGAGACUGAUCACUCCUAAAAUCGUUGUUUUCAUAAUGGCUUCAAUCUACGUGAUGAUGUUUGCAGCCCUCAUACCUGAGUACAUGACCUUCUAUUUAGACUGGAAAUAUUUCCCCGACAGAAACAAAACUCUGAUUGGUAUAGUGCCGAGAAAGCACAGCCAGGCUGCAAGGGGGAUAACUUUUACUACCAACGCUUUUAGUGAAUUCCUUUCAUUUUCCUUAAUUAUACUUUUCACUUCUAUUCUUGCUGCAAAGCUACGACAAAGAUCACAAUGGCGCGUUAAAACUACUCCCGGAGCCGAAAUAUCACUGAAAAACAUAGGUAAGAAAGAUUCCAAGACUAUUAAAAUGAUAACGGCCAUCGCAGCCAUCCACAUCCUUUGUUUUUUUCCGGCUAUCAUUGCCUUGCUAAUUUCUGUCAACGUUCCAGAAUUUUACAUCGUCGGACUUUACAAGAACUCUUUUCUAAUAGCAUUUUCUUUUCCUAACUUGUUUGAAGGCGUGAACUCGUCAAUAAGCGUUUUUUUGUAUUACAGAAUGAGUGCAAAGUACAGGCGCACAAUUAACAAUGUUUUCUUAAAAAGGAAGACUAAACAAAAAAUAUGA